AUGGUGGAUCCUGCACCCACCAAGAAACCUUGGGGGGGAACCCAAGUGACGAGGUCAGACUACAGGGAAAGCAGGUUUCUGAGAGCGAGUGACAAGCGGAAGGCACUGGAGGAGACGAUGGCCCUGAGCACACAGUCCCUGGCCAGUGUCACCUACCAGGUCAGCAGCCUGGCCAGCACCUUCCUCCAGCUGCUGGACCUGCAGGCAGCCCAGCUGCGCAAGGUGGAGGCCGAGAUUGGCUGCGUGGCCCAGAGGGUUGAGAUGCACAAGGAGAAGGUGUCUCGCCGGGAGAUCGGCUCGUUGACCAUCAGCAAGAGGUUCCCACCCUACCAGAAGAUCAUCUCCCCCCCCAGCCCCCCCAGCCUGGAGCCCUACUACAGGAAACCCCUCAACUUCAGUGCCCUGGACGACAUUGGCCACGGCAUUAAGAAGGACAACGAGCUCUCCUUCCCCCCCGGGACCCUCCUCUUCGUCACCCGGCGCUACUCGGACGGCUGGUUGCUGACCCUGUACCCCUACACCCGGCAGAAGGACAACGAGCUCUCCUUCCCCCCCGGGACCCUCCUCUUCGUCACCCGGCGCUACUCGGACGGCUGGUGUGAGGGUGUCAUGGCUGAGGCUGCUGGGUUCUUCCCUGGCAAUUAUGUGGAGCCCUUCUGA